CCCAUCUAGCGGUGAAAUUGUAUUUUGCAUUCAAACGAAUAGUGCUCUCUAAUGCCUCGCGUUUUCAAAUGCGUAUUGCAACUACGGUAGCCAUUAUGUACCAAGAAGCCUACCUGUCGAGGAGAAAGCAGGCAACUUCAGCGUCCCUUUGAAAGUCUUUCUCCUUCAUUAGCUCUUUCCAUCUGGAAAAAGCUACCCCGAUGUUUACCCUCGUUUUUUUAAUUCGCCGGUUACGUUGCCUUUUUAAUUCCCUUUUUAAUUCCCUUUUUCUCUUUUUUGGCGACGAGGAUUCCUUCUCCUGUGGCUCGGCAUAAGUUUUAGGCUUUAAUCGUGUCAGAAUAGAUAAAUUCCUGACUGCUUCAUCAUUUACAGAAACAUAACUGGACACUACACACGGUAAACAGAGGGACACCAGGAUGGCCAUUGUGCUGUGCAGUAGAGCCAGGCUGGUCAGUUACCUCCCAGGGCUUCAUGUGUUGGUGCAUCGUGUGGCUGGAGCCAGAGCCUUUUCUGCUGCUGGAUCCUCGGGCUCUGAUGAGCCCCAUGUAGCCGUCACUCAUUCUGACAUGGGACUGCGGACAGUGUGGCCUGAUGAGAACAUGGGGCCUUUUGGACCUCAGGACCAACGCUUCCAGCUGCCUGGUAAUGUGGGUUUUGACUGCCACCUGGAAGGACUAGCAGAGCAGAAGAGGAACCAGGCACACAAGAUGGUUCCUGAUGUGCUGUCGGCCCCGUCCAGCAGUGACAGACAUGAGUUCAUACUGACCCAGUUCAUUGGAGAGUACUUUGAGAAAGCUGCAGCCUCCUCUCAGAAUGUCAAUACAGCUGAACACUACUUUGACAACUCCACUGUGGAGUGUGCCAUACAGUCCUGCCCUGAACUACUAAAAAAAGAUUUUCAGUGCAUGUUUCCUGAGGCUCCAUCUUCUGGUAUGACGGUGGUCACAGUUACCCAAAAGACCCAGAAUGAUAUGAUGUCAUGGUCUGCUGAUGUGGAACAGGAGAGAGAAAAGAUGCUUGACAAGUUUGUUGAUGGCGCGAAGGAGAUCUGCUACUCCCUGCAGAGAGAAGGAUUCUGGGCUGACUUUAUUGAUCCGUCCUCAGGCCUUGCGUUUUUUGGCUCAUACACCAACAACACACUGUUUGAGACAGAUGACAGGUACCGUCACCUGGGCUUUCAGAUUGAGGACCUGGGCUGCUGCAGAGUGAUCCAGCACUCUUUGUGGGGGACACAUGUUUUUGUGGGGACAAUAUUUACCAACGCACCAACCAGCAGCCUUGUCAUGAAGAAGUUGCAGGGGAGCUGAACACAAGCUCAGAGACACUGGGUUGGCAUUGUAACAGUUAAACAUAUAUGAUUUGGUGAUGAUAUUUUUGACUGAAGUUUCAUCAUUUUAACAAAGUUUUGUAAGAGCAUCAACUGACUCAUCCUGUUUUUACUUUUGCAACAUAUAUGUAUAAAUAUUAAUUGAUAUAUAUAUAUUGAUAUAUAUAUAUUGAUUGAUUCUAAACCAACACGCUGAAAUGCAUUACAAUAAAGUGUUUCUUGACUCAACUAAAAAACACAA